GCGCCACAAGUUAGAUCCCAGCAACCAGCUAGUAAAUAUGGACAGUUGUUAGGUGUUAUUGAAGAUAUGGGGCGUGACAUCAGACCAACGUAUGCUGGAAAUAGAACUUCUGCUGAGAGGCUGAAACGUAGCAUUGUUCAUGCUCGAAUUCUAGUUCGCGAAUGUUUAAUGGAAUGUGAACGCAGUGCCAGA